UCUACAGCGACGUCGCUCGGACGCAGAACCGGAGGCCGACUUCGGGGUGGGGGGCCAGGGAGCGUGUUCGGAAGUGUACGCCGUCGAUAUCUGAAGCGGAGGGUCGCACGUGCACAGGUUGAGCACCCAUUCAGUCAUCUCUCGCAAUUGAAAUACAGUACUUCAUUUCACCAGGAUGGCUUUUUGGACUCAGCUGCGUCUGUUGCUGUGGAAGAAUUUUACUUUGAGAAAAAGACAGAAGGUCCGCCUGCUGCUGGAACUAACAUGGCCGCUCUUUCUCUUCGUCAUCCUCGUGUUGGUGCGGAAUACCCAGCUGCCCUACAUGCAGCACCAGUGCUACUUCCCCAACAAGCCACUGCCGUCGGCAGGCGCCCUGCCCUGGCUCCAGGGGGUCCUGUGCAACGCCAACAACCCCUGCUUCUCUCAGCCCACGCCCGGAGAGACCCCCGGGCAACUAAACAACUUCGGGGGCUCCAUCGUGUCUCGCUUGAUAGGUGACAUCCAGCACCUGCUCUCCAACGAGACGCAGAUGGAGCGAUUUGACGAGGCCCUGGAGGACGUGCAGGGUCUGAGCCACCUGGCGGAGACUCUGCGCUACCGGCCCAACGUUGUGGCAGGGAGAGGGGUGCGGGUGAGGGAUUUCCUAAGGGAACAUGAGAACCUCACGUUGUUUAUGCAGAGAGACAUGGGCUUGCCGAGACAAGUAUCCACCGAGAUUCUGGAGAUGCGAGUCCGCCUGGAGCAGUUUGUGGAGGGGAUUCCGUCGCUGUCUCUGAAGGAGAUUGCGUGCGACGAUCAGCUGCUGCGCCACUUCCUCGUGUUCCGCUCGGCGAGAGCGUGCUCCACUGUGCGCUCUGCCCUCUGCUUCCUGCCCCAGCCUCGGCUCCAACAGCUGGAGGAUGUCCUCUACGCCAAUGUGGAUUUCUACAGACUUCUGCGGGAGAUGUCCUUUGUGUUGGACGAUGUCUCUCCUCGUCUGUCCGCGGACGGCUGGAGGGAGGUGACGACGAGUUUAGCCAACCUCUUUCGACAGUUCACAUCGCUGCAAAGCUUCACGUCGCUGAUGAGGGAGGCUUCCUUCUUGAAUGGCCUGGGCCUGGCUGAGAACACGAGCGACGGCCUGCGUGAGGAGCAGGUUGGGCCGGUGCUGUCAUCGCUUUCGGGUCUCCUGUGCGGACACCCCGAGGCGGGUGGGCGCAAGAUCCUCUCGUUCAACUGGUACGAGGACAACGACUACAAGACCUUCCUGGGCAUCGAUGAUAAUGACGACGAUGGUGGUGGCAAUGAUGAGGAGCGGCAGGGAGGCAGACGCCAACAUCAGUAUGACAACUCAACAACCCCGUUCUGUAACGCCCUGCUGCAAGGCCUGCAGACGAACAGCGCGUCGCGCUUCGCCUGGACCAUGCUCCAGCCACUGCUCCAGGGCAAGAUCCUGUACGCGCCGGACACGCCAGCCACCCGCAGCAUCAUGCACGAGGCAAACCGCACAUUCGCAGAGCUGGAGAUGAUAUACAAGUUCGGUCUUGCAUGGGAGGAGGUCGCGCCCCAGAUCUGGGACUUCCUCAACAGCAGCUUGGCCCUGAGGCUACUCAGGGAGACCUUGGGGAACGCGGCGGUGGCCACCUUCGUCGACUCCCAACUCUCGGACACCGGGCUGGAUGCCAGAACCAUUGCCGACUUCCUCUCUGAGGGUCCUUCGAGGGAGCGAGGCAAUGGCACGGCGCCGGGCUGGAGGGAGGUGUUCAUGGUGGUGGACCUCGCCAUUCGCUCGCUCACCCGUUUCCUUGAGUGCAUGGAGCUGGACAAGCUGGAGGGGGUGCAGGACGAGCCCGGGCUGGAGCGCCGGGCACUGGAGCUGCUGGAGGAGCGGAAGCUCUGGGCCGGCGUCGUCUUCCUGGACCUCUUCUCUCCCUCCGCCCUGCCGCAGCACCUGCGCUACAAGAUCCGCACCGACAUCGACCGCACCGAGAGGACAAGCAAGAGCCGAGACCGCUACUGGGACCCGGGCCCUCGCGCAGAUGCAGCUGAGGACAUGAGCUACAUCUGGGGUGGCUUUGCGUACCUGCAGGACAUGGUAGAGCGCGGGAUCGUGCAGGCGCAGACGGGCGCGGCCACCAUGGGCCUCUACCUGCAGCAGAUGCCAUACCCCUGCUUCGUCGAUGACCCCUUCACCACGUACAUCGGUAACAUCCUGCCCAUGUUCAUGACGCUCGCGUUCAUCCUGCCCGUGUGCCUCAUCAUCAAGAGCAUCGUCUGGGAAAAGGAGCGCCGCCUCAAGGAGGUGCUGCGGGCCUCGGGCCUAGGCCGCGGCACGCUGUGGGCCGCGUGGUUCACCGACAGCGUGCUCACAAUGGUCGUCUCCUGCGCCUUCCUCGCCGUGAUCAUCAAGGUCGGCGGCAGUGCCAACCGCACCCGUUGGAGGUUCUCUCUGGCCCUGAGCCGCUGCUUCGCUCUCUUCAUGGUCCUCUCUUGGGUCUUCGCCGUCUCAAUGGCCGUCAAAAACGUGGUCCUGGAGAAGGAGCUCCGACUCCGGGAGACCAUGCGUUCGAUGGGACUGGACGCUCGAACCCUCUGGCUUGCCUGGUUUAUCGAUUGCCUUGUCUCUGCGAGCCUCAGCAACGUGCUGCUCACUCUGCUGCUCAUGUAUGGGAAAGUGCUGCAGUACAGCGACCCUUUGGUGCUCUUCCUGUUCCUGACGGCGUUCGCCGUGGCGACCGUGUCCCAGUGCUUCCUGCUCAGCGUCUUCUUCUCCAGAGCCAACCUCGCAGCGGCGUGCGGAGGCCUCGCCUAUUUCCUGCUCUACCUCCCGCACAUCCUGUGCUUCAUGUGGCAGGACUACUUGACCUUCCCCAUCAAGAUGGGCGUCAGUUUACUUUCGACCGUAGCCUUUGGCUUUGGAUGUGAAAGCAUCUCCCGCCUGGAGGAGCAAGGAAUCGGAAUCCAGUGGCACAACCUGGCAUCGAACCCGGCGGCCGGAGAGUCGUACACCCUGCUCACAUCCCUGCUGAUGAUGCUGUGCGACGCGGUCAUCUACGGCCUCCUCACCUGGUACAUCGAGGCCGUCUUCCCAGGACAGUACGGAGUCCCCAAGCCGUGGCAUUUCCCGUUCACGAGCUGCGUCACCACGCUGGGCCCUCAGUCCCCACAGGGGACGACCUCCUCCAAACCCACGGCCGCGAAAGGAAGUUCGGCCACGGGCCCUGCAACCAUUGCCACGACAACCAUAAAAGGCUCGAAGCAGCCAGAGGCCAGCAAGGGUGAGAAAGUGGCACAGAAAGGGGGUGGCCAAGAAGAGAGGAAUUCUGGGAAAAAGGGCGGUGGUGACAAAGGAAAUCCUGGGGGAGGAGACGGCACUGACAAAAGGGAUUCUGGGAAAAGGGGCAACCGUGAAGCAGACGUUUCUGGGACAGCGGUCAAUCAUGACAGGCGGGUGGCAUGGUCAGCUGACAUUGCGGAGCGGGCAUCCAAGAAGGGAAAAAGGGGUGCCCGGCGUUCCCAAGGGAAGGGCCAAGGAAGCGGUGGAGUGAGCCGGAGCAAGGAGAAAAAGUCCACAACGAAGGCAACAAAACGAACAAACGCUGAACCCGACGGACAUCUGAACAGGGACGAAGUCCUUGUCGAGGAGGAGUCGGUGGAGCUCACGCUGGGAGUGAGCGUGCAGAACCUGGUGAAGAAGUACUCGACCAUGGAGCGCCCGGCUGUUGACGGGCUGAGUCUGAAUUUCUACCAAGACCAGAUCACCUCCUUCCUGGGGCACAACGGGGCAGGGAAGACAACGACCAUGUCCAUCCUAACGGGGCUCUUCCCCCCGACGUCCGGCACGGCCCUCAUCUACGGCAAGGACAUCCGCACGGAGAUGGAGUCGAUUCGGAGCAGCCUUGGCACCUGCCCCCAACACAACGUGCUCUUCAACCAGUUGACCGUGGAGGAGCACAUCUGGUUUUACGCGCGGCUCAAGGGCUGCUCGUCAGAAGACGUGAAAGAGGAGGUGGAGCGCAUGCUGGAGGACACAGGGCUGCUGAUGAAGAGAGCCGAGCAGGCGGGGAACCUGUCCGGUGGGAUGCAGCGGAAGUUGUCGGUGGCGAUGGCGUUUGUGGCCGGCUCUCGGCUCGUGAUUCUGGACGAGCCGACCGCCGGAGUCGAUCCCUUCGCUCGCCGUGGCAUCUGGGAGCUCCUGCUCAAGUACAAACAUGGCCGCACCAUCAUCCUGUCGACGCACCACAUGGACGAGGCGGAGACGCUGGGCGACCGCAUCGCGGUGAUAGCGCGCGGGCGGCUCCGGUGCUGCGGCUCCUCCCUCUUCCUCAAGUCCUGCUACGGCACGGGCUACUACCUCACCGUGGUGCGCAGCGGCGCCGACGUGGUGGGGCCCAGUGAAAGGGCCAGCAGCAGCCGGCAGAAAGGCCGGGGAAAAGCGGCGGAGGAUGGUGGCGGCGGUGGAGACUUGGAUACUAACGAAGACGAGACUGAUGGGAGUUCAAGCCACAACAGCAGCUCCGAUGAAGGAUUUAGCAGUGAAAGAAGUUUGGAAGAGAAACUUCCCGGCGAGGUCCUGAUUCUGCAGAGCCUCGUGGAGAGGCUGGUGCCCGGUGCCCGCGUGGUGGAGAACGUGGGCCAGGAGGUGACGUUCGUGCUGCCGUACAUCGGAGCCCGCGACGGCUCUUUCGCGCUCCUCUUCAGCCACCUCGACUCGAAGCUCGAGGGCCUGGGCAUCUCCAGCUAUGGGGUCUCGGACACCACCAUGGAGGAGAUUUUUCUAAAAGUGGCAGAGGAUCCGAGCCUAGAGACCGAACAUAAAGAUGAAGGUGUCUCCACGAAGGGCAGAGGGAGGUGGUGGAAGGACAAAAGCAGCCUCUCGCCCUCCAAGACGAAGGAGAACAUGGACACUGAGCUGGAGAGGAGACUGGAGGAGAAGAAAGCGAAACGGCAAAAAAAACUGGACCCGGGAGGAGGCGGCACUGAUCACAAGAUCACUGGAGGAGCACUGUCAUGGCAACAGUUCCGAGCGCUCAUCAUCAAGAGGUUCCAUCACACGAGACGGAGUCGCAAGGGCUUCCUCUCACAGAUCAUCCUUCCCGCCGUCUUCGUGUGUCUGGCUCUCGUCUUUACAAUGAUCGUUCCUCCGUUCGCCGAUUACCCGGUGCUCGAGCUGCAGCCCUGGAUGUACCCGGAGCAGUUCACCUUCUACAGCGAUGAUGCCCCCAACGACCUGACAACGCAGAAGCUUGUCGCCGCAAUCCUAGACCCACCCGGGCUCGGCACGCGGUGCAUGAUGGGAUACAGCAUUCCGAACCUUCCAUGCCAACCUCGGAUGCCCGUGUGGGAGACUCCUCAGGCAUCUCAAGCUGCCUUGGACGCCCUAAAUGAGGGCAACUGGACAUUCGAGGACCCCUCCCCGAGCUGCCAGUGCAGCACUCUGGAGCGCCUCACCAUGCUGCCUGAUUGCCCGCCGGGAGCCGGAGGACUGCCACCCCCACAGAUGCUGCAAAGCACCACGGACACCCUUCAGAACCUGACCGGGAGAAAUAUUAGUGACUAUCUCGUAAAGACCUACGCCGGCUUCAUAGAGAAGAGCCUAAAGAGGAAAUAUUGGGUCAACGAGCCGAGGUACGGAGGCUUCUCGCUAGGCCAGAAGAACGAGCAGAGCGACGUGAACGCCACGGCACUGAGGAGGCUGUUCCAGCAGGCGGGGGGGUUCCUUAACAUCACAGCCGGCCCAGCGACAGAGGAAGCCUCACGUAACCUAGAGGGCUUCAUCCAGGCCCUUGGGCCUACUGACAACAUUAAGGUUUGGUUCAACAACAAGGGCUGGCACGCCAUUGUCGCCUUCAUCAACGUCGCGAGCAACGCGGUGCUGCGAGCGCGGCUGCCCGAGGGUCAAGACCCGCGUCGGUUCGGCAUCACGGCCUACAGCCACCCGCUCAACCUCACCAAGCAGCAGCUCACCGAGGUCGCCAUGCUGACGUCGUCGGUGGACGUGAUGGUUGCCAUCUGCGUCAUCUUCUCCAUGUCCCUCAUCCCGGCGAGCUUUGUGGUGUUCCUCGUCCAGGAGCGGGCGUCCAACGCCAAGCACCUGCAGUUCGUGAGCGGUGUCAACGCCUACGUUUACUGGCUCGCCAACAUUACCUGGGACAUGUGCAACUACAUUCUGCCGGCGAUCAUCGUGGUGGUCAUUUUCCUGAGCUUCCAGCAGAAGGCCUACGUGUCCGAUCGCAACUUGCCGGCCCUCAUCCUCCUGCUGCUGCUCUACGGGUGGUCGAUCACGCCGCUCAUGUACCCGGCCUCCUUCGUGUUCACGGUGCCCAGCACGGCGUACGUGGUGCUGACGUGCGUCAACAUGUUCAUCGGCAUCAACGGCAGCAUGGCCACAUACAUCCUGGAGCUCUUCAACGGCGACGAGACUCUGACCCGCAUCAAUGACAUCCUCAAGUCGGUGCUCCUCAUCUUCCCGCACUUCUGCCUGGGACGAGGACUCAUAGACAUGGCGACCAACCAGGCACUGGCAGACGCGUCCGAGCGCUUUGGUGAGAGCCGCUUCAGGGAGCCGCUGUCGUGGGACAUGGUCGGCAAGAAUCUGGUCGCGAUGUUCAUCGAGGGCAGCGUCUUCAUCGUCCUCACGCUGCUCAUCCAGAAGAACUUCUUCAUCCGCCCACGGUCGAUGGAGCUGAAUCUGCCUCCCAUCACGGACGAGGAUGUUGAUGUUGCUGCGGAGAGGAAACGUGUGAUGGAGGGAGACACAUCAACAGACAUCCUCACCAUCAACGAACUCACAAAGGUUUAUAAGAAGAAAGGUGCUCCAGCUGUGGACAGGAUGUGCAUUGGGGUGCGACCAGGAGAGUGCUUUGGGCUGCUGGGCGUGAACGGUGCCGGCAAGACGAGCGCGUUCCGCAUGCUGACAGGCGACACGCACGCGACGGCCGGGGACGCACGCCUCGAGGGCUACAGCAUUCUGUCUCAGCUGAGCUCGGUUCAGAGCCACCUGGGCUACUGCCCCCAGUUCGACGGGACCGAUGAGCUGCUCACGGGCCGGGAGCACCUCCAGCUGUACGCUCGCUUGCGCGGGGUGAGGGAGGACGACCUCGAGAGGGUGGUUGACUGGGCGGUGUCCACGCUGGGCCUCAUCUACAUCGCCGAUCGUUCCGCCGGCUCAUACAGCGGAGGCAACAAGCGCAAGCUCUCCACCGCCAUCGCUCUCAUCGGCAACCCUCCCCUCGUCUUCCUGGAUGAACCCACGACGGGCAUGGACCCCAAGGCUCGGCGCUUCCUGUGGAACUGCAUUCUGGCCAUCGUGCAAGCGGGCCGGUCGGUGGUGCUCACAUCUCACAGCAUGGAGGAGUGCGAAUCUCUGUGCACACGCAUGGCCAUCAUGGUGAGCGGAACUUUCAGGUGCCUGGGCAGCGUCCAGCACAUUAAGACACGCUUUGGCGAAGGACACACUCUGGUGAUACGGCUCGCUGCUGCCACUCCUCCUGCUGCUGCUGCUGCUGCUACCGCGGAUCCUGCUGCCGCAGAUACCGCCGCUGCUACAGCUGCUGAUCCCGCUACCGCUGUGGCGGAGUACGUGUGCAAGCGAUUCCCACGCACGGAGUUGCGCGAGCACCACCACCGCACCAUGUACUUCCACUUGCCGGGCGCCACCACGACUCACGGCGCCUCUGCGGGUGACACCGCUGCGGCCUCCGCGUACGCCUCUCUCUCCACGAUCUUCGCGGCGCUAUCAGAGAACCAGCAGCAGCUGGGCAUCGCCGACUUCUCCGUGUCGCAGACCACGCUGGACCAGGUGUUUGUGAGCUUUGCCAGGCAGCAGCGGACCGACCCAGUGGAUGAAGAGACAGGGGUGUGAUCCGACUCCACCACCUUCCACCAAGCCGGAGAAGGGGCACUGGCAGAGCCAGUGGAGGGGUGGACGUUAUUAUGAGUAGGCAUGGAACGAUUGGGUGGAGGGUUGGCGCUGAAGGUUGGCACACUACACUAUGAACCCAGCGAACCAAGUUCGAUUUUACGACCACGGCUGACAUUGGUGGCGAGCGAUGUCAUGAACUGGUCCUGGUGCGUGCCGGCUUCACCAACCCGCAUUGACCUGCAUGGUGAUGUAUAGCUAAAGAACUCCCAUGACCCAACAAUGUGUGCUGGUGGGGGGACCUUUAUCCAGUGUUAGAUGAACAGCUGUAAACUAUGAGUACCGCAUGCAUAAUUCACACAUACGAAUUAAUUACAAUGUAUGCUAAUUGUAUGAAAAUGUAGCAUUUAUCCUAAUCGAGCAAAUGCAACUGUAGGAAAUACGGGGGAGGGGGUGGGGGGCUUUAAAAUACAAAUGAGGAUGUAAAAUAUUACAAAGUAACUUGAUUCCAAUUCCAGCUCCGAAUCAUCGCAAUUCUAAUUGUCUCGCUGGGGAGAUGAAUCGUUACAUGCCCAUUACCAAAUACUUUUCAGAAACUGGUGCUGUGCAAACACAACAUACAAACAUGUAUACAACAUACAAACAUGUAUACUCGCAAAGAUUCCCCACGUUUAGCUUUUAACAGACCGUCGGUGCAAGUGCUGAUAGCGAGCGGCCACGAAGGCCGGCACAGCACACGCAAGGGAGUGGAUGGCUAGCACCAGGCCGGGCAGCCUUUGUCUUCCCAGUGCAGAUACUUUAUACACCGCACCAGGCACUCAUUCAUGGCUGUGUCGACUCCGGGAGGACCCAAGACCGGUCCAAAUAUCGGCCACGUUCACUGCUCGCGAGCAAGAAUCGAACUGGGGUCGCCGGGUUUGUAGUGCAGCGCACGCAUCACUCCCACAUUACCGCUCCCCUAAAAUUACAAAUAAAAGUUUACACAUGCACGCAUUUAUACACAUGCCAUUCAUACAAACAUCCCCCUGAUAGCCUUAACAGACUGUUGGGGAAAGUGCUGUUAACGAGGACCUAUGAAGGCUGGCACGGCACACGAGGGGGUGGGUAGCCAGCAAAACCUUCCGUCGCCUUUGUCUCCACUGUGGCGAUGUUAACACACUGCACCAGGUGCUCAUUUAAGGCUGAAUGAACCUCGGGGAGGCCCAGGACUGGUUAAGAUAAUCGUCGCUGCUGUUGGUCGUGAGUGGGAUUCAAACUCGGGUCACCAGGUUCUCCCAAAUCAUACAUAUUCAUACAUGCACACAUGCAUCCACCCACCAACACGCACUAACGCAAUCCAAUAUACAUCGACUCGGAUGCAACAAACCAGAUUUAUUUAAAUCAUGUAGCUGCGGUCAUCCAAUUGGACUUGAAACGCGUGUAUUAAACACUCCUGUAUCGUGAACAUGUGUUAAUAAAAAGUGAAGAGCACUCGUGGAACGCAAACGGAACAGUACCUCUAAGGGCUCCACACAUUAAACACGUGAGAAAAAGCAAUGAAA